UUUUUUUUUUAGUUCUGUAUAUUGAAUACUUAAACUGCUUUUCUUAGGGCAUAGAGAUAAGAUUAGUGCUUACAGGCAAUGAUGUUCAAUCUUUGUUUUACUUUGGGGAAUUGGAUCUGAGCAUCGGGAGAGAGAGGGAGACGGGGAGGGAGGGAGUAAAAGAUAUGAGAGUUCCUUCAUUUGCUCUUUAGUUCCUCCAUUCCUUCCUUCAGCCCAGGGUGCUGGUAUUCCGAGGUGGGAAGGGAUCAGAACCCAGGUUGAAGGGCAGAUACCGAGUGCAUCAUCCUAUUUGAUCCAAUUCUGGUCUAUCCUGGGAUCUAGUAUAGGGGAGGCUGGGCAGAGCAAAGCGCAAGUUCAGUUCAGCUUGGCAGCCAGAGCUGUGUGGCAGGAUGCGCAAUACUGAGAGGGAGGAGCUGUUACUAAUGGGUGGACACCCCUGCCUGAUCAGAUGGCUUUAGGGGGUUAAAAAAAUAAAGCCAACAGGGAAGUAUUGGAAGCUAAUUAAGUAUAAAAAGCCUUUAGUAAGGUGAUUAGAAGGAAUCUCAUAACCGGAAGUGGACUAUGUUGGGCGGGUACAGGAGGAGCCUCUCUAAGAAAGCAAGCUUGAGUGACAGGAAAUUCCACCUUUCCCUGAAGGACUCGGGGAGCUGCAGGGUCUGGAAGUGGGGGUGGAAGACCCCGGCUUUUAUUGGGUUACUUGAAAAUUCCAUUAAGCCUCAGUUGCCUUCCGGGCUCAUUCUCAAAGGGUCAGCAGCGCAGCAGGGGAACCUCCCAGGUCUCCCACUGCCCAGACAGAUCUACUCACCUGUGAAUCAACUAAGAACCCCGGAUGGUGAAGAAAGAGUAAAGACUCCAGUUUUAAGAAGAAUUCCUGUGUUUGUUCCUGAGACAGAAACUUGGAGAAGAGCAAUAAGAAGAAUGAAUUCUGCUUUGGUAAAUGAUCCCCAGGAUCUAUUAACAUUCAAGGAUGUGUCUGUGGACUUCUCACAGCAGGAAUGGGAAUGUCUUGACCAUGCUCAGAGGGCAUUGUACAUGGACGUGAUGUUGGAGAAUUACAACAAUCUACUCUUUGUAGAGAAUAAUCGUGUAUGUAUCAAACAUCAUGAAGUCUUGGAUCGAGAAACAAAGUACAGUGCCUCUGAGCAUGUGAAUAUUGAAGAGAAGUCUAAUAAAUCAAAUGAAUGUGGCAGAAUGAUAGAGGAGUCCUCGAAAAGUACACCUUGUCAAACUAACGACGAAGAUACCUCCAUUGAAUCAUCAAACAGACAUAAAACUGAGAAUGCCAGAGAACCAUGCAAAUAUAAAGAUUGUGUGAACAGCUUAAAUUUGUGCUCCAUCACUAGCCAAAAUCAAACAGUGCACAUAGGAAUGAGAGAACACAACAAAGCACAGUAUGAUAAAGUUUUUCUCUCUAACUAUAAAAUUGUGCAAAAAGGAAUCAAUGGUGGAAUGAAAUCACACAAGUGCAGGAAGUCUGGAAAAUUCUUCAAGGUGCACUCAAGCCUGAGUAGGCAUCAGAGAGCUCAUAGUAGAGAGAAGCACUAUAAAUGUACAAAGUGUAGUAAAUCCUUUCUGCAUUUGUCACACCUCAAACUGCAUUACAAAAUCCAUUAUGGAGGAUAUCCCUACAAAUGUACAGAAUGUGGUAAGUGCUUUUAUCAUGUAUCAGACUUUGAAAGGCAUAACAGAAUCCACGUUGAAGAGAAUACUUACAAAUGUAGUUUUUGUGGCAAAUCCUUUAUCUGCUGCUCAGAAUUUAGAAAACAUCAGAAAAUUCAUGAAGGAGAGAUGCUUUCUGAAUGUAAUCAAGAUGCUAGGUCAAUCUGUACAUUUUCCUGUCGUGAAUACCAUUACAGGGAUGGUAUAAGAGAAAAAUGUUUCAGAUGUAAAGAAUGUGGCAAAACCCUUUCCACAUCCUCAGGACUUAAAAUACAUCAUAGAAUUCAUACAGGAGAGAAACCUUACAAAUGUACUGAAUGUGACAAAUCCUUUACCCAGAAAAGCAAUCUUAGAAUGCAUCAGAAAAUUCAUACAGGAGAGAAUACUUUCAAAUGCAGUGAUUGUAACAAAUGCUUUACCCAAAAAUGCCUUCUUAGAAUUCAUCAGAGAACUCAUUCAGGAGAGAAACCUUAUAAAUGUAAUGAAUGUGACAAAGCCUUUGCUGGUAGCUCAUAUCUUAGGAGUCAUCAGAGAAUUCAUUCAGGAAAGAAACCCUACAAAUGUAGUGAAUGUGACAAAUCCUUUAACCGGAAGGACCAUCUUAGAAUUCAUCAGAGAGUACAUACAGGAGAGAAACCGUAUAAAUGUAGUGAAUGCGACAAAUGCUUUACCCAGAAAGGCAGUGUUAGAAUUCAUCAGAGAAUUCAUACAGGAGAGAAACCUUACAAAUGUAGUAAAUGUGAUAAAUCUUUUACCAAGAAAGAUGGUCUUGUAAUUCAUCAGAUCAUUCAUACAGGAGAAGAACCUUAUAAAUGCAGUGAAUGUGACAAAUCCUUUAACCGGAAAGACCAUCUUAGAACUCAUCAGAGAUUUCAUACAGGAGAAAGAAUUUACAAAUGUAGUGAAUGUGAUGAAUACUUUACCCAGAAAAGCAGUCUAAGAAUUCAUCAGAAAAUUCAUACAGGAGACAAGACUUACAAAUGCAGUGUUUGUGGCAAAUCCUUUAACCGGAGAAACCAUCUUAGAACUCAUGAGAGAAUUCAUGCAGGAGAGAAGCCUUAUGAUUGUACGGAAUUUGAAAAUUCCUUUACCCACAAUGGCUCUCUUAGAAUUCAUCAUCGACUUCAUUCAAGAAAGAAAGUUUACAAAUGCAGUGAAUGUGACAAAUCCUUUACUAGCAGCUCAUAUGUUAGAAUACAUCAAAGAAUUCAUUCAGGAGAGAAACCUUACAAAUGUAGUGAAUGUAACAAAUGCUUCACUAGUGGCUCAUAUCUUAGAAUGCAUCAAAGAAUUCAUACAGGAGACAAACCUUACAAAUGUGGUGAAUGUGAUAAAUGUUUUACCCAGAAAUGCAGUCUGAGAAUUCACCAGAGAAGUCAUACAGGAGAAAAACCUUACAAAUGUGGUAAUUGUGAGAGGUCCUUUACAAGUGGCUCAUAUCUUAGAAUACAUCAGAGAAUUCAUAAAGGAGAGAAACCUUACAAAUGUAGUGAAUGUGACAAAUCUUUUACCCAGAAAGGCUAUCUUCGAAUUCAUCAGAGAAUUCAUAAAGGAGAAAAACCUUACAAAGGUAAUAAAUGUGAAAAAUCCUUUACCCAGAAACGCUGACUUGUGAAACUCAUCAGAGAAUUCAUAUAGGAGAAAAACCUUAAAUGCAGGGAAUGUAGCAAAUCCCUUGACAGGAGGAAAAACUGUAUUAGAACUUAUUAGGAAUUUCAUACAAGAAAUAAAACAUAUAAAUGUAUAGAAUUUGAUAAAUUGUUUAACCAGAAGAGCUGUCUUAGAAUUCAUCAGAGACUUCAUUCUAGAAACUUUAUAAAUGCAGUGAAUGUGGCAAAUCCUUUACCAAGACAAACUACCUUAGACCUCAUCAGAGAAAACAAGAGAGAAAUGUUAUAUGUUUAGUGAAUAUACAAAUCCUUAACUAUUGACACAUCUCCUAGAAUGCACCAAAGAAUCCAGACAGGAGAGAAACUUUACAGUUGGAGUUUAUGAGAAGUCUUUACACAUAUCUCAUGUCUUAGAAAACAUCUGAAAAUUUAUAGUGGGAGAAAGUCUCUCUAUAAAGUCAUGUUCUUUAAGAAACUUGAGCAUCCACACUAGAGAAAUAUGAUGGUCAUAAACUUGUGAAAACCUUGAGUAAUGUUCACAUCUAAGAAUAUAUCAAGAGUUUAUGUUAAGGGAAAAUCAGAAAAUGACAAUGUAGGAAAUAUUUUUAUUAAAAUGUUUUACUUGUUAAACUUCAUACUUUAACUUUUAGUGAAUCUUUGAACUUUGCUCAAACUUUAGUAAACUUGUUCAUCCUCCAAUAAUCCAUAAUGAAGACAAAAUGAAGAAACCAGCAGAAUAUGGUAUUGUGUAACAAUUUUCUGCAGACUGAAAUGAUCUAUUCUGAAGGGAUUGUGAUUAAGGCAGCAAAUACAUACCUCAAAAAUAGUUUCAAGAAAUCCCUGAAGUGACAGCAUUCUCUGCUUAAGUCAAAUAAUUAAAUCCAGACAAAUUAUGCCUCUUAAAAGAGGAUUUGACAAAGUGCUGGCAAAGUAAGAUGGAUUUACUAAAUAAAUUAUUACUCAUUAGUUUUUCCAUCUGAGAUGUAUAUGUACUAGGAUAUAAAACUACUCAGACAUGUGUAAUAUAUGCUAAAUUGUUAAUAUUACCCCUUAUGGUGUAAAAAACUUUACUAUGUAUGCUGUGAGAAUAUCAAGCUGUACUACAUUUACAGUUAGAAAUCAGUAUACAUUAGGACAAAAUUCAAAACCAUCUUUUAAACAAUGCCUGCAUCUAUCCCUGUCCUACCACCUAGGUCUUCUCUACCUCCCCUAUUUAAUCAACCUCCUACCAGCUCUUUUCUACUACCCAUUGUCUUUUCAAAACCCUAGACCUUUCCUCAGAUCCUUGUUCUGGGGUGACAUAUCCUUCUGUCCUUGCUCCCUUAGAGACAUUUUCUAACAAUUGUUACCUGUAUGUCUGUGGGGGUAUGUUGGAAUAGGUGGUGUCUUUGGUAGGAAGUAUGUCUCUAGGGGUGAGCUUUAAGGCCCUACUCUUUGUUGCCUGGAAGAAAGUCCUCCUGGCUGCCUUUGGAUCAAGAUGUAGAACUCUCAAUACCUUCUCCAGUACCAUGUCUGCUUGGACUUUGCCAUGCUUCCUGUCCUGAAGAUAAUGGACUGAACCUCUGAAAGUAUAAAAAAGACUCAAAUGUUGUUCUUAUAAGAGUUGUCCUUGGUCAUGGUGUCUCUUCACAUAAAUAAAACCCAAACUAAGACAAUGA